GGCUGCGUUGGCUUCUCGUCAGACGCUCUUCAGGACCUCGCAGAUAUUCAAUCGUGACGGAUCUCUAUCCUCCUCCUCCUCCUCCUCCUCCCUCUCCCCCCCCCUCCUCCAGCCCCUUUCUGCUCCUCCACUCCUGUUUAAGAUUCCGCAUUUGACAAGACGGCUUUGCACGCUGCCGCCGCCGCCGCCGCCGCAUCCUCCCCUCUUCCAUCUUCUUACGCAGGAAAAACGGGGAUCUGGCCGUUUUUUUUUUUUCCCUUCAGGGGUUGAGUCAAGUUUUAUCGUACGAGGAGUUUUACAAUGACAGCUACCAAGGAGCAGCCGAAUCAGAGACCGAAUCAACCGCAGCAGGAUGAGGACCUAGGUGGGGUGAGUCCUCCUCAGAGGAACUGGAAGGGGAUUGCCAUUGCUCUGCUGGUCAUCUUGGUGGUCUGCUCCCUGAUCACCAUGUCUGUCAUCCUCCUAACACCAGCUGACAACCAAGCUGGAAGUGACACCAAACUGACUGUGGAGGAUUUGUUCAAACCUGAGUUCAAGGUCCAUGACCCGGAGGCGAAGUGGAUCAAUGACUCUGAAGUCAUCUACAGGAACAGUGAUGGCCAUGUCAUCAAGUUCAACAUCGUCACAAAUGAAACAGAGAUUGUUCUGACAAACACAACAUUUAUAAAUUUCAAUGUGGCCAAGUAUUCUGUCUCCCCUGACCUGAAAUAUGUCCUCUUCGCUUAUGAUGUGAAACAGGUUUACCGCCACUCCUACAUGGCCUCCUACAGCAUCUACAAUAUUCAUACGCGGGAGGUUUGGGAGCUCGACCCUCCUGAGGUGGUGAACUCUGUCCUGCAGUACGCUGCUUGGGGAGUGCAAGGCCAACAGCUGAUCUACAUAUUUGAAAAUAACAUCUACUACCAAUCUGAUGUCAAGAGUAACUCCCUUAGGCUAACAUCCUCAGGGAAGGAAGGAGUCAUAUUCAAUGGAAUUGCUGACUGGCUCUAUGAAGAGGAGAUCCUUCAGACCCAUGUGGCGCACUGGUGGUCACCUGAUGGAGAGAGGCUGGCCUUCCUGGUUCUCAAUGACAGUCUAGUGCCUAACAUGGCUUUACCUCGCUUCACUGGCAUGGCAUACCCCAAAGGAAAGCAGUACCCAUACCCCAAGGCUGGCCAACCCAACCCAGCUGUGAAGCUCUACGUGGUCAAUCUUUAUGGGCCGACACACACACUGGAGCUCAUGCCUCCGGAGACGCUUAAACUACGAGAACAUUAUGUCACCAUGGUGAAGUGGAUCAGCAAGACCAAAACAUCUGUCAGGUGGUUGAACCGGGCCCAGAACAUCUCCAUCCUAACUGUGUGUGACACCACCACUGGAGCCUGCGUCACGAGACAUGAAGAAAGCUCUGAGCUCUGGCUUUCCAAGCAGAACCAAGAGCCGGUAUUCUCCAAGGACGGCAACAGGUUCUUCCUGACUGUUCCGGUCAAACAAGGAGGACGUGGAGAGUUUCAUCACAUCGCCAUGUUCACCACACAGUUCAGAGCUGAUCAGAAUGAAGUCCGCCAUCUGACAUCAGGAAACUGGGAGGUGACCAAGAUCAUUGCCUAUGAUGAGAACACUGACAACCUUUAUUUUCUCAGCACAGAAGGUUCACCACGAAGACGGCAACUGUUCAGUGUUAAAACUGUGGGUCUGUUCCCACGACGGUGUUUAACAUGCGAGCUAAAUAAAGCUCACUGCCUGUAUUUUGAUGCUGACAUCAGCCCCACAAACCAGCACAUCAUCCUCCACUGUAAAGGUCCUGGAGCACCUACUGUGAUCUUACACAGCCUCAACAACUCAAAUUACUACAUUCUUGAGAACAACUCUUUGCUGAAGGCAGCCUUGAAGUACAAAAGGAUCCAACUGACUGACUUCAGAACUGUUCCGAUGGAACAUUUUGAUUUACCUUUGAAGAUCUCUUACCCACCAGACUUUUCUGAUUCCCGUCACUAUGGACUACUGUUGCUGGUUGACAGCGCCCCUGGGGGUCAGGCUGUUAGUGACUACUUCUCUCUCAGCUGGGACUCUGUUCUGGUCAGCUCAGACAACAUCAUCGUUGCUCGUCUGGACGGCCGGGGCAGCGGCUUCCAGGGGCAGAGGAUCCUGCACGAGGUCCACCAGAGACUGGGGACUGUUGAUGUCCAAGAUCAGAUUGCAGCCAUAGAAUACAUGAUGAAAUUUCCGUAUAUUGAUCGGACACGGAUAGCAGUGUUUGGAAAGGGUUAUGGAGCCUACAUGACUUUAAUGAUGCUCAAGUCUACUGACAGCCUCUUCAAAUGUGCAUGUGCAAUGUCACCGGUGACGGACUGGAAACUCUAUGCAUCCGCGUUCUCUGAGAGAUACCUUGGCAUGCCAUUACGGGAUGACAGCAGAUAUCAGUUUUCCAGUGUGCUGCAGAACGUUCAAGCACUUAGGGAACAGACACUGAUGCUGGUGCACGGCACAGCAGAUGCCAACAUCCACUUUCAGCAUACUGCUGAGCUCGUCAAGAACCUUGUGAAAGUUGGAGCAAACUACUCAAUGCAGAUCUACCCAGAUGAGGGUCAUUUCCUGUCUCAGCAGAGUCGCCAGCACCUCUAUGCCACACUGACCAGCUUCUACAGGGAGUGUCUGAAGGAGGAGUUACUACCGCUGCCCGAUGAGGAGGAGGAGGAGGAGGAGUAGGCGGCAGGCUUUGAGGGUCAGACCUUUGGCAGAGCUUGAGAGAAUUUUGCUAAAAUCCGUCAAGGCCUUUCGCAUUUGGACCAAGUGUUUAGCCAGACAUGGACACUGGGUUAGAGCUUCUGAUGCUCUCAAGUAAUGUGUGUGGUUGUGUGCGUGCGUGCGCGUGCGUGCACAUGUGUGUGUGUGUGUGUGUGUGUGUGUGAGUGAGUGAGUGAGAGCACUCUGGUGUGUGACUGUGUAUAAAUGUGUUGAAAAGAUAACUGAAGGACACGACAGUGACACUUGCAUUGCCGGGACUUGAGGCAGGAACAGCCCUCUAGCAUAAAGUCAUUUCAGUUUUGGGGCGCUCCGUUUCUCGGCAAAGCACACGGAAGACUGCCUCCAUCUUGUGCAGGCUCUCUGGGCUGUUGUCAUCCACACUUAACCAAGUGCAUGGUUCUUUUUUCCCCCCUUUCUCGGCUUCACUCAUUUUGCCAUGUUAGUCUACUUUGUGGUAACACUUGGGAAGAAAAGAACUCAGAUGGGCACUUUUGAUCUCACCUCCCCUUUGAUUGUUGUAUUGUUGCACAAGGAAAUGCUCCAGUCAUUUACAAAAAAUGUUUAGUCACGCAAGUUCACCACAACCAAGCCGAUCCUGAAUAAGUGCAAUUUCCUGCUGAAACCCUCUGCCAUCGCCCACCCUAAAUGGAAACCGUCUUUAUAGGUCACACUUUAUUGUACAGGGGUCUUGUGUAGACAUGUACAAUGCCUUAUGAGGUUCAACAUACUGUAAUAUUACUUGCUGGCAUUGGUAGUCAUCCAUUAGCAGUGUCAUGUUAACCUAUGUCAACUCAGGUCCUCGAGACACAGCAUUGCAGUCAGUUUAGUAUCUGAAACAGUUACAACACUAUGUCAGCUGUAUGGUCACAAAUAAGUUUUAAGUCUACAUGAAGAUAAUGGAUGUUGACCAUACAGUUAUUUCAGUUUCAGGCCACACUGCAAAAGUUCUCCAUCUUAAUAAGCCAUUAACCUAAUUUUCUUAAAUCAAGUGAUGAUAUCUCUUUGAAGUUGUGAGACCGUUUUUCAGUGCAUCUCCACCAGAUUUAAGAGCUUUCUUGAAGUCAAGAGACGUUUUCCCUAUUUUGGACACUUAUUUCAAGCGGGGGGGAAUAAAGGUGGAAAGAAAUAAAAAUGGCUGUACUAA